CAGCUGCAGACCUAGCCCAGAAAACUCCUCCAGCGAGCCUCGACACUAAACCGCACCUUCCCCACCACCUCACAGUGCUCCGAAGUCAUAGUCUGCUCUUAUUCCAAGAAAAUGGGGAAUAGAGGUUGUGAAUAAGAAACUAGCACAACUGUUGCUGGAUGAAGGAAGAUACCAAGAUCACUUGGACUGCACCUUCAGUAUCUUCAAAGGAGGAGAAAAGCCUGUUUCAAUGAUGUCAACAGAAUGUGUUCAGCCACUUGAUAUGCCCGACGACAGACUGGAUAAGCGAGAUUCACAGUGUAACCAUUUAGAAGAUCUUUCAGAGCAGCUGAUUAAGAACUGCGACCUCAAAAAAAAGCCAAGAAAAGGUAAAACCAUCCCAGCUUCCCAAAACACUGAACAGGAGCAAAAAAAGCCAAGGAGAAAAGAUACACCAGCUUUGCCCACUCCACCACCUCUAACAGGCAUAGUUUCAGACUUUUCUGAUAAUCUGCUGAAAAGAUAUGGUAUCACAGAGAAGCCACAGAGAGAGAGAGUGAGUCCAGUCUCUCAAGUCACUGAACUGGAGCAGAAAAAGCCCAAGAGAAAAGAUACACCUGCAAUACACAUCCCACCUUUGAUAAUAGGCACUAAGCUGUUUACAGAAGAACAAACAGUGAUUAUGGAAGACGAAGAAAAGGAGGGAGACACAAUCCACAGUUAAGAUUACGACGAUAUUUCCAGUAAUGCAGUGUAAAUAAUUCUGGGUCAUUCAAAGUAGCAGCACACAGAAAUAGAAGUUCUUUCAUUUUUAUAAAUAAUAAUUUUCUCAAGCAUACACUUGAUUUCAAAUUAUCAGCAAGUGCUUAUCUGCAUCUUAUGAAUUCCCAGCAAGCAUCAUAGGAGAUGAUGACAGAAAUUUUACUGACACCUGGAGUUUGAAGGAUUCUGUUGGUUUACUAUAAGUGACUUCCCAGCAUUUCUGUAAAUGAGGAAUCCAUCUCAGAACAGAUCUAGCUUUGUGCAAUGUGGUGAUAAGGGUUAAUACAAAGAACAGCACUCGUAGACUGUACCUGGCACUUGACACCAGAGCAGUAAAACAUCAACUAAUGAUUCAAAUUGCAUUUUUCUCCUGACACUUUACCUAAUUUGUCCAGCUUUCCUCUUCUGGAAUAACAGUGACCACAGUGAAAAUUCCCAUGUGCAAAGCUGAUGGGAUAGAUGGAGAAGGUGCAAGGGCAGGAGCCACACCCUGAAAUGGAAAGCAAAAAUUUCUUCUGCCUGUAUCUGCUCAUGACUUGUGUUUGUGAGGAUGAAAAGAGAGAUUCACUGCAGAAUGAAAAUUUACAUCUAAGGGCUGUCAGCACUAACACAUCAGGAUAGAGGGAAGAGCUCUCAGAAGAGAAAUAUCAGGGAAGUGCAAUGCCUGCCUGUUACAUCAGUGUAGGCAAUUGUCUCCACUAGUCAGUGAAAGAUAAAAUAGUUGGAUAGUUGAUCCGUUUCCUCCAAAUAAUUUCUUUUGACACCUACUUUUUAACUUGAGUUCUAGGUGAGUUAGGAGAGGUGGAAAAGAUUGAAAAUCUUUUGGAAAGUGGAAAGUGAAAAUUGAGUAAAAGGAAUAGUGUUACUCAAUGACAUAUGCAUAUUGCAAGGUGGAACAGCACCAUUUGAUUUUUUUUUUUAUUAGUUUACCUCAUUGAUUCAAUCAAGAACUGUUUUCACAGCCAGCUACAGUCUGGUAGAAUGGCCAGUUUGUGCUUACCUUAAUAGGUCUGGGCUAGAUAGAGUAGCACUGUCAGCUGGGCCAUUAGGGACCUGAGCAGAGAGGUUGAAGAUCAUUGAAUCAUAGAAUCAACCAGGCUGGAAAAGACCUCUGAGAUCAUCAAGUCCAACCCUUGAUCCAAUACUGCCUUGAUCCAACUACUAGACCAUAGCACUAAGCGCCACAUCCAGUCUCAUCUUAAAAGCCUCCAGGGAUGGUGAAUCCACCACCUCCCUAAGCAGCCCAUUCCAAUGUCUGAUUACUCUCUCUGUAAAAAAUUUCUUCCUGAUAUCCAACUUAAACCUCCCCUGGCAGAGCUUAAGACCGUAAAUCAUCUAGCCUGGCAGACUGUAUUUAGUUAUCUUUUUAACUCCCUUAGGAAGACAGCUGAGGACCAUAAUAGUUUGGACUUCAUUUGCCACAGUGACUGAACCAGCAUCUUUCAUGAGAAUGCAGUCUAUUCACAAAUAUUAAGCUUCAAGAUAUAAUCAACAAGCUUAUAAUAAAUAAUUGCAUAUUAAAGUGUACAAGAUGCCUGCUAUAUUAUUAAUGGGAUGCCUAAUAACUAGGAGGUGUACUUGUUUUUAUCCUGUUAACCUAUCAGUGAGAUAGUAUUUAAAAUAUAAACAAUCAAUAGUUCAUAUAACAACAGUAACGUAAGGUACACAGUAAAGUAUGUCACAGUAAAUAUGUGAAAAAAAAUACAUGUUACUCAAGUCUAGCUUUACCAGUGAAGCUGGUGAAUAUUUUCAGUGCACAAUACAGCAAGAGUGAGAGUGUGGAAUCCUGAAAAGAUUCAAAUGAACAUCAGUAAUGGAUUAGCCAUGAAAAUAUACAUGUUUAGACAUGAAGGUCCUUAACAACACAAAGCAGGAGCACAAAUAGGAUGCGAUUGAGUUCACUGCUCUGAAAAGGAUUUGUUUCCAAGCCUGGGGAAUUCUGACACAGCUUAAUAGGGGAAAAAAACCAACCAAAACAAAAAAGAAAGCACCCUUUAAGCCUAGCACUAUACAGUGUUCAGCAAAGAGGAGUUACAGUCUGAGUGACAUCUCUGAUGGCACACCAGCCUAAUUUACCAUCUCUGUAUAGAUCAACUCGAAGUCCAGAUAUAAAAAUGCUGCAACACACAUCAUAUUCUGCAAUUCUUUUAAAACUGCAUAUUUACAACCUGGCAAUUCAACAUUUUCUGUUCUUCCACCCAGGUGCAACAUAAGCAAUUAAAAGUAAUUUUUCACUUGAUCAAUCAAGUUAAUAGAAGGUUUUGCAAUGUUCCUGGGAAGCCGUGUGAUGAAUUAUUUCUCAGCUUCCACAUGCUUUAUUUCACUCAGUUGAAGUGUUAAAUGUUACUUUGUUUGGGAAUAAAAUAAUUUUUUUUUCAAAUGAGGCAGACAAUUCCCCUUCCCCCAAAACAAAGCCUUUAGGUUUUGCAGAAUUGUGUGUGGACUCUACAGUGGUGUGAAUGUGGUUUAUUGGGUUUAUUUAUUGUCAUUCAGGCUCCCUUUAAGACCAGAUAGUGCUAAAACAAACAAACUGCUCUCCCCAGACAAAUGACAGGAGUUGGUUAGUUCUAGGGCAGAAAUGCAUUUGUAUUCAGUGUCCCCAAAGGGCUCCCAUGGCCAUUACAGCAAAAAUGAAAGGAAACUGAAAGCACAGACACACACUAAGCAUUUCCAUAGGACUGUUGAGACUGGGCUGCUCCAGACUGAAGGCACAUUGUCUGCUAUGUGCAUUGACAACUUUGUAUGUGGAGAGGUGGCUUGCAUUCAGAUAUUUAUCUGGAAUGGCAUCUCACCCCAGAAGUCUGCACUGGGUGGGACAACCACUCCAAGCCCUCAGCGGGGAAUGAAGUGAUUCAAUUAGUGAAUAAAAGACUGGAGAUCAUUAAUGGCUAAUAUUUUUGAAGAGAAUUCUCAAUUAACAUCUACCUAGAAGCUAAGACACAGGUCUCCAUUUACAAUAAAAUUUGGACUAAGGGAUUUAAUGGCUUUAAGAACUUUCAACUAAAGAUUACAGAAAGCCCAUCAACCAUUUGAAAGGGUUUCUGUAGUGCUAAAUAUGAGAUUCAUAAGGUAGGUGGAAUAAAUUCAAAGCAACAUUCAUGAUGCUAUUGUAAAGUCACACUAUAUUCAUAGAUAAAGCAGAAUUUACAAGCACUAAGUUUAGCAAAACUUACACGGAAUUUGUGUCUGCUUGAAAUUUUGUCUUAGUGGUUGAUAAGUUGAUAAUUGUAUAAUGCUUUGACCACGUAAAUUAUUCGAUAUGUUUAGAUAUCUUAACAGAUCAUCUUCCUGCAUGUUUUAUGCCAUCCUUACCUUUUGAGAUUACACUUUUUACACACGACUUUACAGUAUUCUUGUAUGCAGAGAGAUUGCCCAGCAAUACCUUCUACAAGCAAAAAUCAGAAAUGCAUGUCAGCGAAGCACCUUAGAAAUUUUGGCUUCUCACUUGUAUUUAGAUAAGUUAAUAAACAGAUAUUACUCUGUUCCUCACAUCCCUCCCAAAAAGCCAUGGGCCUUUUAAAGUGAGGUGGUGCAAACAGAAAUACCAAUAUUUUGGCAAUGUAGAUACACAAAUAGAACGAGUGAACAUUUAAAGCCAGUUUCUACCCCAUGAUACUGGCUUCUGGUCCUGCAUGAGGAACUCACAUAGUCUGUCAGAUCCAGAAGCUACAAAGGGAAGCUUAAUCCAUCCUUAUUCCUGACAUCCUGAAGAAUCCUUAAAAGACACAGACUGGACAGAGAGAGAAGUGACAGCUAUAUUAUUAUGCACAUUCUAGAAAUUAAAGAACUGCAUUUGAUGGA